UUGGCGAACCUCGCGAGCCAUGUCCAGUCAACCGCCUUCCCUGAGGCAGGCCGGCCACCCAAUGUUAUCUCUCCUGCUACUCCUCACAGGGCUGGGCCAGUUGGCCUCUGCGGGCCAUCACUCUGAAACAGCACGUCUACAAAUUACAGUGCCACGGAAGAUUGAGACAAACACCAAAGAUGGCAGUAUUUCAGAAACACAUGUUGCCUAUUCCAUCCAAAUUGACAAGAAAACAUACACUCUCCCACUUGAAAAACAGUCAUUUGUAGACUCUAACCUCCUGGUGUAUUCAUACAACAAAUCGAGGGUGCUAUAUCCAGAUUCUUCAUUUAUAAAGGGCCAUUGCUUUUAUCAAGGAUAUGCCACAGAGAUUCCAAAUUCAGUUGUGACACUUAGUACCUGCUCUGGACUCAGGGGAUUAUUACAGUUUGAGAAUGUCAGUUAUGGAAUUGAACCACUGGAAUCUUCAACUACAUAUGAGCAUGUGAUUUAUCCAUUCAGAGAUAAAAAAAGUGAUUUUUCUCCCAUAUCUGCAGAUCAAUCCUACAAAAUUCUUGUGAAAUCAAAUAAAGAUUCAGUUGUGCUGUUGAAAAGAGUUCUGAAAAUACAUGUCAUUAUUGAUAAAGCUUUGUAUCAUUAUAUGGGUUCUGAAGUGGCACUUGCAUCUGAGAAAAUUAUCUAUGUUUUUAGUCUAAUCAACACUAUGUAUUCUCAGCUUCAAGUGUCUGUUAUAUUAACUUCUCUGGAAAUCUGGUCAGAUCUAAAUAAGAUUUCAACUGAUGGAGAUGCACAUGAUGUACUACAAAGAUUUGUGUCCUGGAGAGAAAAAUCUUUAUCACAAAGCUCCCAUGAUUUGGCAUACUUAUUAAUUUACAGGGAUCAUCCUAAUUAUGUAGGAGCAACAUAUCAUGGAAUGGCAUGUGAUCCAAAGUUUGCUGCAGGACUUGCUCUGUAUUCGAAGAUGAUAACUUUAGAGGCAUUUUCAGUUCUUUUCACGCAGUUACUUGGAAUUAUGCUGGGAUUAAAGUAUAAUAAUAACAUCUAUGAAUGUUCCUGUCCAGGAAUUGCAUGCAUAAUGAAUCCUGAAGCAAUACGUUCCCAUGGCAUAAAGUUUUUCAGCAGUUGCAGCACAGAGGAAUUUAAACAUACAACUUCGCAGCCUAAAUUUGAAUGUCUUCAGAAUCGAACAGUUCCCAAAGUGGUUCCACAAGGAAGACAGUCCAUCUGCGGCAAUGGGGUUUUGGAGCCACCUGAACAAUGUGACUGUGGCACCGUGGAGAAAUGUGAGCAUCCUAAAUGCUGUGAUCCUUUAAACUGUGUACUGAUUGGAAACGCAGACUGUGGUUCUGGACCAUGUUGUGGAAAAAAAACUUGUAUGAUACUUGAAAGAGGAACAGAGUGUAGGAGAAGCACUGAUCCAUGUGAUUUUCCAGAAUUUUGCAAUGGGAUAUCUGAAUUUUGUGUACCUGAUAUGAGAGCUUCCGACUUACAAACGUGCAAUAAUAAAUCUUCCUAUUGCUUUAGAGGAAUAUGCCAAGAUAGAACAAAGCAGUGCAUCACUUUGUUUGGAAAAUAUGCUAAAGAAUCUAGUUAUCAGUGUACAGAAGAAGUGAAUUUUCAAGACGAUGAUUUUGGAAACUGUCUAGGAAGAACUUGUUUUUUUCACCAACAUCUUUGUGGAAAGUUAGUUUGCCACUGGACACAUUCAGCUAUAGUAUCAAGGAAUGACAUUAAUGUUCAAUAUACCUACCUUGGAGGCCAUAUAUGUAUGUCAGCAAAUCUAAGAAUGCGUAGAUCUCCGGACCCUACUGUUGCAGCUAAUGGAAGCAUGUGUGAUGAAAAUAAGUUUUGUGACAAUGGAGCAUGCAGGGCAAUCCAUCAAUACACGCAGUAUCAAGAUUGUGACCCACUUGUCAGAUGCAGAGGACAUGGGAUUUGCAAUACUCGCUUACAUUGUCACUGUGAUGUUGGAUAUGUGCCCCCAGAUUGUGAGGAAGUAUCCUUAUCACCAGGAGGAAGUAUCGAUGAUGGAUUUUGGAAUUUAGAAACUGAUGAAUCUAAAACUGCAUACUUGAUAAAACGACGUCGUGCCUCUCAAAAAAAUAACCUGAUGAUCAGUUUCUACGUAUUCUUACCUUUCUUCAUUUUAACUGCUAUCAUUGCUCUUAAAUGGAAUAAAAUGAAGAGAUUUUGGAACAAAGAGGGAACAAUAAGUGGGGGAUCUCCAUCAGAAACCAGCAAUAGUAACAGCAGUCAGUCUAACAGCAAUGACUAAACAACAACAACAAAAAAAAAAA